UUAGGUCAUGUCUAUGUAUAGAAGAUCGGACCAUUUUUCAGUUGAGGUUGGUUUGGUACGUGCGGUAAUUGUAGGAGAAAAUGAAGAGUCUCCAGUUGGUUCUGGUGGCAGCAUUUACAUUCUCUCUCUUGGAGACUGGAGCUUCCCAAUAUGAUGUUUUGAGAGUAGUUGCUGCAGUGUAUGAGACACUGAGUCCUCUCUUGACUGAAAUGACUACUGAAAUGAGAGAAGGUCUCGCUGCUCUUAGAGAAAACCUAACCUACAUUCAGCAACAAGUCAAAGCCCUCACUGAGACUGUGAACAACCUCGAGCAAAACCUUGAACGGAACAAUGACGAGCAGAUGAAAGGUCUACGCACUCAGCUGGAUAUGGUUAAGUCUCUACUGGUCUCAGUCAAUACUAGUAUGAGUGAAGGACUCUCGGCAGUCAAUACUAGUAUGAGUGAAGGUCUCUUAGGAGUGAAGGCUAAACUACAAGAACACAGCAACCAGACAGCCUCAGAGCUAGCAGGACUGGAGACCAACCAGGAGACCAUUGACUCCAAGUUAGACUCUCUGGACUCCAAACAAGACGGUCUCAGUAUAUGUCAGUGACGACUGCACACUCUGAACUGGAGCGAAAUGUACUGACCAAUGUUACAAAGGAACUUAAGAAGACUGCUGACUAUAAUAUAUACUUGGACA